UGUACUGGGAGUCCAUGGUGCUCUGGCUGUACAUUGCUCCUUGCCCGGUGGGCGUUAAGGAGCAUUUGGGGGCAGAGUCCUUACAUUGUUCCCCUCUCGCACCUGUUCUGGGCUCCCCCCAGCAGAGUCUGGAUAGGGAUUUACACCCGAUGUUGAACUCCCCUUUCUCUGUGUGCAGUGUCCAGUUGUAUGGGGAGCCUGGUCCCCAAGUGUUUGGGGGGGCCCUCAGGAGAUGGCAGAAACACCCCCCAGCUGGCUGAUGGGGGUCCGGCAGAGAUGCUGCUGCUCAGACCCAUCAUGAGAGGACCCUGGGGCCUCCAGAGAACGCCUAGGUUGGCAGCUGUGGCCUGGGGGUCCCACCCCCAAGUCUGCGCUGCCUGGACCCCCUCCCGCACUUAUGACACCUGGAGCGCUGGCCACGGCAGCCGGAGACGGAAGGUCAUGGCUGUGGGGGCUCUGCUGGGUCUGGGCGCCAGCCUGGCCUAUGGAGAUCACCGCAGGCAGGCAUCAGAGGCAGAGCCGAAUGCUGAGGCUGCACCUGAGGUGCCGUACCCCACGUUCACCCGCCAGGAGGUGGGGCAGCACCACAACCUGGCCGAACGGGUCUGGGUGACCUACGGAAGCGAGGUCUUUGACAUCACUGACUUCGUGGAGCUGCACCCGGGGGGCAAGGGCAAGAUCCUGCUGGCAGCAGGGGGCGCCCUGGAGCCGUUCUGGGCCAUGUACGCCGUGCAUGGCCAGGAGCACGUGCUAGAGAUCCUGCAAGGCUACAAGGUGGGGGAGCUGAGCCCCGAGGAGUCGAGCCAGCCUGCCCAGGGGGACCCCUACUCCGGGGACCCCCCUCGGCACCCUGCCCUCAAAGUCAACAGCCUCAAGCCCUUCAACGCGGAGCCGCCGGCAGAGCUGCUGACCGAGAACUACCUGACGCCCAACCAGCUCUUCUUCAAGCGCAACCACCUGCCGGUGCCAGCCGUGGACCCUGCCAGCUAUCGGCUGGAGGUGGAGGGGCCCGGGGGCCGGGUGCUGGUGCUCUCACUGCCCGAGCUCAAGCGUCGGUUUCCCAAGCACGAGGUGACGGUCACUCUGCAGUGCGCCGGGAACCGCCGCUCGGAGAUGAGCCGCGUCCGGCAGGUGAAAGGGCUGGAGUGGGGCGUGGCGGCCAUCAGCACGGCCCGCUGGGGUGGCGUCUGGCUCCGGGACGUCCUGGCGCACGCCGGUUACAGGGAGGAGGAGGAGGAGGAGGCUGGGGAGCGUCACGUCUGCUUUGAGGGCCUGGAUAAGGACCUGAGCGGGGCAGCCUACGGUGCCUCCAUCCCCUAUCGUAUGGCCAUGGGCCGUGGGGCCGAGGUGCUGCUGGCCUACGAGAUGAACGGCGAGGAGCUGCCACAAGACCACGGCUAUCCACUGCGGGUGGUGGUGCCGGGCGUGGUGGGCGCCCGCAAUGUCAAGUGGCUGGGCCGGAUCUCUGUGAGCCGGGAGGAGAGCCCGAGCCACUGGCAGCAGAAUGACUACAAGGGGUUCUCGCCUGCCGUGGACUGGGAGACGGUGGAUUUCACCACGGCCCCCGCCAUCCAGGAGCUUCCUGUCCAGUCGGCCAUCACAGACCCCGCGCCAGGCGCCACCGUCCCACCCAGGGAGCUGACGGUCAAGGGCUAUGCCUGGAGCGGGGGCGGGCGCGGCGUGGUCCGUGUGGACGUCUCGCUGGAUGGCGGCCGGACAUGGCACGUGGCCGAGCUGAUGGGCGAGGAGCAGCGGCCAGGCCGGGCCUGGGCGUGGCGCUUGUGGCGGCUCACGGCUCCCGUCCCCCCCGACCGCAUGGAGCUGGACAUCGUCUGCAAGGCCGUGGACACCAGCUACAAUGUGCAGCCCGACACGGUGGAGCCCAUCUGGAACCUGCGGGGGGUGCUGAGCAAUGCCUGGCACCGUGUCCGCGUCACAGUGGCUAAGGAUUAAGGGGGGGGGAGAAGCACAGGAGAGACAUGCUCUUAUCAUGUCAGGUGCCCCCCGGAGCGGGCAGGGGCAGGCUGGCAGGGGCAGAGGGAGAAAGCUGUUCCGGACCUGGGGCCAGGACGGCAGCGCCCAGUUCUUCUGCUAGUGCUGUUAUUCCUGCCCACGUCCCCCCAUUAACCCAGUGUAAACCCCCCCCUUCUCCUUUUCCCUCUGGCCGCCGUCCCCUUCUCCCCACCUGCCCUUAGUGCUCUGGGCCCCCUCCGUGCCAGCCUGUGCCUCCUGGUUCAGAGCCUGUUUAGCCUCUGUCCCCUGGCGCGGCCCCAGAGUGGUGCUGCCCCAGCGUAGCCCAGUGCCCUCCUGCCACGUCACUGGCCUGUUCACCGACCUAUCCACUGCGUCUCAGCCUGGGCCCUUCCUUGUUGCUGGGCUCCCACGCUGUGUGGGGCAAACACCUCAGCUCUUCCUGUCCCAUCCCUGGUGCUGUUACAGGCCAUGCCAAAGUGUGAUUGCUUUACAGCCAUGGGAAGUGUCAGAUGCAGGCAGCCAUAAAGAUUCUGCUGGGUUAUGGACUCCUCCUGUUAAUUUACAGGCCAGCUGGCUGCCCACCAAGGCUUUCCAGAGUUAACCAUUGCCUGGAUCAGGCUGAGGUUAAAACUCAAGGGGUGGAAGUCCGGGGUCCCUGAUCUGUGGCCUCCUCUCAGCAGGAGCUGAGCAUGAGCUGAGCUCAUGUCCUGGGCCGGGGAAUGAUCCAAUUUCUAAACGGAUCAAACUACCACAGCCAAUCUGCCCAGCCUGGCUCUGCUGGUGCCAUCUGCCUCAGGGGCUGGGAUCGACAGGCGGGUGAGGGGACUUUCCUCUGAUACCCCCACUAGGAAGAUGCUACAUAAAUGUCCCCUGUGCUGUGGUCAGUGGCCCCCUUGGCUGGUCAGUCUGCAGAAACGUUAAAAGCCAUAAGCUGUAUGCUGACCGGGAACUCUCCAUCAGGAUGUGUGGCUUCCCUAAAGUGAAACUUUUUCCCAGGAAAAUUUCAGGUUUUUUUUUUCUGUUGAGAAAAUAUUUAAAUAAAAUCUUUACUCUGAGGUGGA